UUGUAAUUUAUUGCCUCUUUUUAUCAUGUGAUCCGUUUUACUUUUUAUUAUGGCUCAAUUUCUGCAUGAGCGAGCAUACAGGUAGAUAAUACCUAACAAAAACUAACAGAGUCUGAAUAGAUUGAGAAAUUACAAAACUUUGGUAUUUACUAAAUGGUUACACUGCAGCAAUAAAUGAGAGAAUCUUCGUGACUGAGUUUGAAUGAACCAAGGUCUAUUUUUAGGAUUGGGCUUUUAAUAAAUGUGCUUUUAAACAUUUUAGGUCGGACUGUGUGACGAAUAGCCCGCUUCAAGUUGGAUAACUGAAGAUUAAAUAAGUCCCUCUGACUGAGAUGUUAAGCUUAUGAAGAUGACUCUGGUCAAAGCUGUACUGUCUGUGAUAAUAACAGGGCACCUGCUGAUGGCAGUGUCCGCUGAACUACGAAUAAGGACACCACCUUCAAAUUUCUCCGUUAAACCAGGAUCAACUGUAUUAUUUGAAUGUACAGUGGAGGAUUUGGGAUCAAAGAAGGUGAUCUGGAAAAACUUGAAAGAUGGAAGCAAAAUCUCAGUGAACUCAGAAAUUCUCACCCAAGAAAAAUACAAAUACACCAUAGAAAGGCCCCAAGACUCUCGGGAUUUCCCUUUCUUUUUACGGAUUUACAAUGUACAGUCCAGGGACCAAGGUCACUACCAGUGUUUUGUGGAUUCCGAUCCAACAGUCUCUGUCACACACACAUUGGCAGUUGAGGGUGCCUCCACAACCCCAGCACCACGGAAUGCUUCUGCAGAUUUCAAUGUGACGGGAAAUGCUUGUCAGGACAAAAGACUGAAAAAGACUGAAAAACUGCCUUUAAACACAGCCAUCAUUAAUAUUGCUGUGUCACUCAGAAUUAAGAAUAUCAGUGGUAUAUCAUUUUCAGAUUGCUGUGUCGCUCGGAAUAUGAGUAGCUCCUGUUUACCUGUUUGUCAUCCAGCAUCCAGGCCACAGGACUUGGACAUGGUUGUAGCAUGUGCUCAGGAUUUUGAGACAGUGUUAAAGUGUGGAACAGAUGGAAGAAACCAUGUAGGAUGCUGUAAAAGAAGAAACCUGCCUGAUUUGUGUAUGGACUUCUGUUCUGGGACCAUGCCUGCCAGCCUGGAGGAUAGACAUCUUACCUGUCUACAGAAGAUUAACGACAUCUUGGCUUGUCUGGAGGAAGGUCAAGAUUUGUUGCCUGGCCCUCCCACCUCCGUUUCCGUUGUACAGAGUGUGUCUGAUGACCAGACAGCCAUGUUGGUGACCUGGAAAUUCCCCAUACAGAAUCCAUCACUAGUUACUGGAUAUAAACUCUUCUACAAACAAGCCACUGAUGACCACUACAAAACGACAAGCAUACUGAGUAAGGAUCAGCUGAUGUACAGACAGGGGGGUCUACAGUUAAACGUCCAGUACAGUGUCUACAUGGUGGCUAUAGGGGACCACGGAUCAAGCCAGCCCUCAGAGACAUUCAUCAUCACCAUCUUACCAACAUCACCUAAGUUAGAGACGGAGGCUGAUAUAAGAGCUUGUUGUGCAGCCAAGGGUGUGAGUGAUGACUGCUUACCUAAACUGUGUACAGCGAACAUCAUGGCAAACGUUAACCCUGUAGAAAUUCUACGAUGUUACUCGGAUUUAGAAAAAGCACAGCAGUGUCUUGUGGGUCAGCGGAACCACAGUGCUUGCUGUGCGAGGAAUGGUCUACCGGACGUCUGUCUGUCUAUCUGUGAGGGGAAACCCACAAACCUGACGCUGGAUUACACAGCCUGUGUCAUCAGACUGCCAGUCAUAGAGGCCUGUGUCCAGGAGGGCAGAGCCACCAUCCCAGGUCCCCCUGUCAACAUUACUGUUCUCCCCGGAGUCACGGAGGCUAUGAUUUCCUGGGAUAAUGUAGGCGCAAAGGCCACAAAAUAUGUUCUAAAGUACAAAGUUCUGGGGCUGAAAAGUGCUCCAUACCUCCAGGUGGAUGUCACUGAGUCACCUGUACAUCUGACCAAUCUUUAUCCGGGAACUCAUUAUGAGUUUCAGAUGGUAGCAUCCAAUGAAAAUGGUUCCAGCCUAUUCUCAUCAAAAGUUAUUUUCCUGACUUAUGAAAGAGAAAUAACAACACCUGCCCCAACACAGCCUGGUGAAAUCCACAACCUAACAGUUUGUUGUAUGGAUAAGAUGGUGAGCAGUAAAUGUAUGCCUCUGUGUUCCCUGGAUGCUAUAGCCAGUGGUUCCUUGGACUUCUCCAUGGCACUGAAUUGCAUUGAUGAAAUAGCAAAGAUCAUUUCUUGUGCCUCAGAUGGUAGAGACCACACCCCUUGUUGUAGAACGUCCCAAGUUCCUGACAUGUGUGACAAUCUUUGUCGAUUUUCUGCACACGAUGAGCUAUCUACAGAGCUGAUUGGUUGCGUUCAGUAUACCGCAACAAUAGCUAACUGUUACAGAGAGGGUCUGGCUGUGUUACCCAGACAGCCUCGAAAUUUCACAGUUGUUAAAUAUACGGCACACUCUGUAUAUCUGACAUGGAGACAACCAGAGGCCACUAGUACUCGGGUAGAAAAUUACACCGUCAUCUAUUAUACAGAAAGUGAAAGGAAUAAAAAGUGGAAAACCAUGUCCACUAAGAAUUUGGAGAUGAUAGUGAAUAACUUACAGCCCAGUACUGUGUAUUACUUUGAAGUUGUGUCGGUCAAUGAGAACGGAACAAGUGCCCCAGCCCCUGAGCUGAGAGUGAUCACUAGGCCUUAUGAUAAUGUCACUAUACCUGAUAGAUGUAACUUCACAGUGAAGAAUAAUACAGAUGUUCAGUCAGAUUUACUUCUCACGAGGAAUGUAGCAGGCAGUGUGGAGGAUUGUAAAAUGUUCUGUUCCGUUCCCCAGUGUCGGGGAUUCACCUACUCCAGACAGGACCGCACCUGUAUGCUGUACAUGGACAAACCCCCAAUCAAGACCUACCCCAGACCUGGAUUUGAUUUAUAUAACCACACAUGUCCUCUUUCUCCUGACAACACACGUCCUGGAAAUUGGAGUCUGCAAUAUCAGAACAGAACAGAUUGCUGUCAUAACAUCAACAUCUCCUCUGACUGUUUGGAAGCUUGUCUGAAUGGAGACUUCCAGAGUGUGUAUAAAUGUGAGACUGACUAUAACAAGAUACUCACCUGUGCCUCAGAUGGGCGUGACCACACACCGUGCUGUCAGAAGGUGGGUGUGCCGGAUCAAUGUCUAUCAUUCUGUAGAGGACAGCUGGUACCAAUGACAGGCAUCAACUCUCUUUGUCUCACCUACAGUCCUCUAUAUAUGCGCUGCUUCCUCAAUGGAACUCGAUAUCUGCCUACUCCUCCAAUGUCAGUCGCUGUGAAGACGGUGAAUGGCACCACGGUGGUGGUAUACUGGGGACCACCAGCUGAUAAUUGUGACACCUCUAUUCAGUGUCAUUAUGUAGUGUCCAUCAACAUGACAGCAAAUAACAGGACACAGUAUAAGACAAGGGAAACUAACAUUAUACUGGCAGGACUAACCCCUGAGAUGACUUACAUGGUGUCCUUACUGGCCAUCAAUCAGUAUGGGAGCAGUAUCCCCAGUCCUGUAGUUAGAUUUAUCACACCUGUAACAGCUUCUGAUGUUGACAUAUCAGUGACACAGAAACCGUUUUCCCCACCUCCACAGAAUGGGGAAGUGGAACUCUUCUGCAAUGUAUAUGCAGCUGGCAGAGCUUUUAAUUUUGUUUAUUGGAUACGCAACAAUAAGAUAAUACGUAAGGGAAGACAACUGAUAAUGAGGCAGUUGAGUGAGAGAGAUGAGGGGAAUUAUACGUGCAGUGCCAAGGAUGACAGAGGAACUGUCACCAACGUCACUCACUACCUCAGAAUCAUUUAUAAGCCUAAGGCUAUAAACCUGGUUGAUGUCAGGUAUCUACCCAAUCAGAACCAGGUGGCUAAACUCCAGUGUGACUUCAUGGGAUAUCCAACAAAAAUACGAUGGUUUAAGGGGGAGGAUAAAAAACCAGUUGAAGAAUUUAAAGACUUUUUCCACUCUGAGUCAAUGUUGAUAUCAUUUCCAACAUUUCAGCGAUCAGUUUUGUCUAUAUAUUACGUAGUGGACAAAGCAUUUGAUCGUUACACAUGUGUGGGUUCUAAUGAAUUUGGAAAUGGGUCAGGAGUAGUGCAGCUAAAAAAUGACCUUCCAAGCCCCACUAUAACCACACCCCCUCCCCCACCGACAACGAGGAAUGUCUCGGCAUGCUGUGCCAAGUAUGAAUUGCCUCCAGUCUGUCAGGAGUUGUGUACAUUAGAGGUGGAUCUUGAUGAAGUGGCAGCUCAAUCAUCAAAGUAUGGCCAAUGUUUGGCUUAUCUUCAGUUCUUCACAAGUUGUGCCUCAGAUGGUAAAGAUCACUCUAAAUGCUGUCAGAAGAAGGGUGUACAUCCAUUCUGUGUCAAGUUCUGUACAGGCUUUGUCCCUGAUGAUACAGGAUCAAUCUACCUGAUGAACUGUGUGUCUGAUGCCAAGAUCAUGCUGCAGUGUGUACAGGAAAACGUAGAGCUCAUUCCUAGUCCUCCUAAAGUCCGAGCCAUGCAGGACAAAGAUGUCAUUGAUGUGAGCUGGGAUAAGCCUGUCGACAAUGCACAUAGAGUUGAACAUUACGAGCUGUUCUGGCUGGGGAGUGAUACCCCCUCUUCUCCACAACAAGUCUCCCUGUCCAGGAAUAUAACGGACCACAAAAUAAAAAAGAUAAAGGAGGGUGUGACGUAUAGUAUCUGGGUCAUUGCUGUUAAUGAGAGAGGCUCUAGUCAGCCAAGUAACAAACAGAAUAUCACCGUCAAAAAUCUGCGUCCAUCCAAGCCGACCAGUUUGCAUGUAUCUGAAGUGAAUGGUGAAAGUGUGGUUUUGAAGUGGGAUCCACCAGAAAAUCAUGCUGUAGUGGACAGUUACACCAUUAAGUACAGGAAGGCACAGUCUAGUGAUGCCUUCACAGAGAUUACAGCUGCUGGUUCUGUAAACACGUACGUGGUAACAAAACUUGAACCCAACACGCUGUAUGAGUUUCAGCUAAUUGCUGUGGGUCCUAAUGGUAAAAGUGAGACUGCAGCCCUCCCCUCACUCAGUUCAGGCCCAAGUACAAGUCCCAAGAGAGUCAAAGAUCGGGGUAAUUCUUCUGUGCCGCUUGGGAUUGGUCUGACUGCCUUGAUUAUUCUAAUGGCUGGGGGGCUUGUGGCAGUGUUUCUGUACUGCAGGAGAAAGAAGAAAAUGAAUUUUGGAGAAACUGUCUCAUUUGAAAAUCCACAAUAUGGCAGCAGAAUUCAGAUAUCUGGAUUGCCUAACAGUACAUAUGACUCCACCAGUGAUGAGGGUUUUGGGUAUGCCCCACUGAGAGAGGACCACGAAAUAGAACAUCGACCAACAGAUAAAUCAAACCUGCGGGAUGAUUCCAGAAUGGACGUGGCUAUAACAUAACCUUUUGUAGAAUUGGAAACGUCUCCCACCAGAUCACCAUUUACUCAGACUUCAUGAAAUCUGUCCAAAAGAUGGAUUGUUGCAAUAUAUUAAAGUCCCCAUGUUAUAAACCCAACAUGCUCAAGCCUCUAAUUGUAAAAAAAAACUGAUUUUUUUUUCAUGUGAUUAUAUACGAACACAUAUUGAAAGACAUUUUAUUGGGUAUUUUGCAUGCAUAAUGCAAUUCUGCACACCUUUUGUAUUGUCAAGAUAAAUUCUGAUUCUGUAUAUCCGUCCCAGAAAUGUGAAGCCAGAAAUGUAUGCUGUAGUCUUCAAGUUAAUCCUGUAAUUCACUUACAUGUAGAUAAUGGAUGUUUUUGUGGUUUGUACCAAAUUUUGUAUAUCACUUUAGUUUCACUUUUCCAACUUUUUGAAAUCAAAAGUAAGUAAGUUUACAAUAUAGUUCUUGAGUUCUUGAUCACUUAUGAUGAUUAAUAACUCAUAAUAAAAAAUACCCUGUACCUUAUAUGAUUAGGUAGGGAGUAUAUUUUUUAUUAUAAGAAAAAUAAAUAACUUCAGCUGCCUAUGUUCUUGAUGUCCAUGUGGGUGUUUCAGUUGAGCAGUUUUAUUUGGAGGGUUUUAUAAAGAUUUGGUCUCACUGCCAAAGCUACAUAUUAUUUAUAUGACAAGGGACUGCAUAUUAGGUCAUCGAGGUCGAUCCCCCUGUAAACUCUACAUUGGUUGAUGCAUGCAAUAUUUAUUUUCUAGAUAAUUAUUUCACGAAAAUCAAAAUAAAACUGAUUACAAAAUUUGAGAAACUUUCAGUAUGAUCUAAAUGUCUUUUUUUCAUUGUGAGCUACAUGUAUGUAGUCCCUGAUUGUUAUACAUUGUAUUACGCUAUUGUAACAAUUUUUGUAGUACAGUGUACCCUGGUACCAUGUAAUUUUUACUUACCUCACUGGAUCAAUUUUUUUUCAAACAUUAUAACUCAAAAGAAACAAGGUUUUAAGUUUUUCAAAAAAAAAAAAAAAAAAAAAAAGAAUGUUAAUGGCAUGGACAGGAAAUAUAAAAGUUACAAAAGAUAUACACACAUAUUUCAGUUUUGAAACUUGAUGAAGGUAUGUCACUCGGGCAUAAUUCUGUAUGUGCAUUGACACUUCAUUAAAAAUAUGCCUAGCUGAAAAGUAUCGGGCCAUAUCCUUUUAAACUUUUAAAACUAAAAAUACAUCUCAUACAUUUAUUUACAUUCCAAGCAUUCACUUAUUUCAUUCAAACACAAGAAAUUGAUGAAUUGUCAAAUGGUUCAUUUCCUCAUUGCUCUACAUCAGUUGUAGUUCAUGAAGACGUGAACUUUGAAUUCCUUUUAAGGAAUCCUAAAGAGAAAUAACAUCUGAUAUGAAUAUGUAGUAUUGUUUUACUCUUUUUAGACUUGUGAUGUGACAAAUGGCUAAGAGUUAUCACAGUUUUGCAAAUUUUUGGCAUGUCAUUAGUCCAUGAGACUUAACGGAGGAGCAUUCUUUCCAAAGAAAAUGCUUUCAAACUACUGUCAUUGUAUAUUUUCUGUUGUGUCAUUAGAACUUCGAGAUUUAUGAGAGAUCAUAUGUCAUUAAUGCCCUCUUUCUGUUUAAGUUAGUGUGUUUGUUUGUUUGUUUGUUUUUU